AUGCAGAAAAAUCGAAAGAAAACGAAAAAAGCAAUUGGAAAUUCGAAUAAUCAAAACAAUCAAACGAAAGAAGUCAAAGGAAUCGUUGCACACGUCGAGUCGCUGAAUGAUUUAAUUUCUCUGCUUCCUCUUCCGCCGUCCCAUCAAUCGGAGUCCGAAGUCAAUAUCAGUUUUGGAGAAAAAUGCGAAGAACAGAAUAAUGAAGUGUCAAUCAUAGUAUCCGAUGAUGAUGAUACGAAUGAAAAAUCAUCUCUUAUUGAACAGAUUUCUGAGUUGCAAUCGGCGAACGAAACUCUCGUAAAGGAAAAACGAGUGUUAAUCCAACAGAUGGAAGUACAUAAAACCGAAGAGCUGAAGAAAAAUGCUUCGAUUGAAGAACUACAGCAAAUUGUCUCCACACUUCGAUCAGAAAACGAAAUCUUGGAGUUAUCGAUAUACAAGAACGACCAAUUGAUGAAAACACAGGAGAAAAAGACGGCGGAAUUCAAUGCAAAGAUCUCAAUGCUACAAUCAAGAAACAAUAUCUACGAGCAAUCGAUAAGCUACAAAAAUCAAUUAAUAAAAAAACAAGAAAAGGAGAUGGCGGAACUCAAGCAGGAGAUCGAUUCGCAAGCAAGACAAAAUGAGAGAGUUAUGCUGUCAAAACAACAGUGGCAUGAAAAAGAUAAAUGUGUUUUGAUCAGAAGACACGAGAAAGAGAUGAGUGAAUUGAGAAAUCGUAUUACGAGCAGUUUUCAAAAGGAAAUCAAUACACUUCGAAAGGAGCAGAAGUCGUUCAUUCGAUGGCUUCUGAGCGGCAUUUGGAGUGGAUUCUCGAAUUUGUGCGGGAAAAUCAUGAAUCACUUCUGGAGACAACGACUGCGCUGGAAAAUCGUCUAUAUAUUUUUGUUGUUCAUCUUGUUUGGCUUUUAUAUAGAUCGGGAGUCAGUGUACUGCCGCAAUUGUUGGAUUCGGAUCCGAUAA